GAUAGCAGUUGUGCGACAACUUGGGCUGCGGAAGGACGUCUUGACGCGCGUUCGCUCAAAAUAUUGAGUAAAUUUAUCAGAAUUCAAUUGAUUAACAACAACGAGAGGCGACGAGUAUUAUUAAUCAAUUCGAUUAAUAAUAAUAACAAGAAUCACAACGCCAGAAAGCCGAAAAAGGAACACACACACUAAGUCAUUAAGAAGGUCGCAACAGCGAGGAUCAUUGCAAACACAAAAAAAAAAAAAAAACAACUACAAUUCUUCUUAUCGCUAAGUUGGAGCCGGCUUUUGACACGCUUUGGCCUACUCCUGGAAAGCCAGUGACGCGGCUACGGCUACUAGUUCAAUUUUUAUGGCGUCGUGCCGCCUUCACUAAUGAUGUCGCGCCAACAAAUCCAACAACAACAACAACACCAACAACUAAAUAGAACUUUAACUUCAGCUGCAACAUUUGCAUUUGCAUCAUUCAAAAACGCGUCAACAAAAAUAAACAUCGUCACCGAAUCCGUUCCGCUCCGCGUAUGUGCGCGUAUUGUGUGUGUCUGCGUGUGUGUGUGAUUGAGUGUCUCCGUGCGUGUGUGUGUAUGUGUGUGAGUGUCCCUAAUUUGCAACGCCUAUGAGAAAUCUUUACUAGUUUUUUACAAAUCGAAUUCAAAAGUCUUAUCACAAAUUUGCAAAUUGCAAUAAAAUCAAAAGAGAGAGAGAAAAAAAAGGAAAUUAAAUUAAAAUUAAAGCAAAUCGAACCAAGUCCAUACAAAAUUCAAUUAAUGCCAAAGAAACUACUGACCAUCGAGUGAGAACCGAGUGCAUAAAUACAAGUGACUCUAACAACAUCAAAGUGAAACAUUUCAAAGAACUUAGAAAGAAAAAGGAACCCCUACAUGAUGGACUUUCAAAGCGCCAUGGAAACAUUCGCCGAAGCCUGGGUGGCAGCCAAUGCCGGACAGCAGAGUCAGGCCUUGGCUUUGACACGGGCAGCAAAUGCGGCAGCCGUUGUGGCCGCUGCCAAUGCCAAUGCCAAAUCUCCGCAAUCAUUGGACAUGGCUGUGAAAAAGGAGCAUUCACUAUCCCCGCCCCAUCUCAGCGGUGUGGGCGGCGUAGCCAGUGGCGAGGAACACUUGACGUCAUCGCGGCGCGGCUCUUUGCAGGGAGUCCAAGAGAAAUUAAAUCAAUUGCAAAUGCAACAUCAUCAUCAACAGCAGCAGCAGCAACAUCAACACCAGCAACAACAACAACAACAUCAGCAACAACAACAAGGUGCUGGAGGUGGUGAAUCAGCUGCAUCAUCCGCUGGUCGUCGAUCCGCCGAAAGUAGUCCAACAGCUCAGCCUCAGCACGGUCAAUCAUCCUCCUCCACAGUUGAGGGCCCGGUGGCAGCCACUUUGUCCUCCUCAGCGGCUUCUAGUCAGAAUGCCUCAUUGGCCGCCACACCGAAAAGUGAUCGGGAGCGUGAAAGGGAACGUGAGGAUCAGCAGCGCACUGGAAGCAUUUCAUGCCUACCGCCAGCUGCUCUGGGCAUGGCUGUCGGACAUGUCCAACAGGCUCAGCAGCAGGCCGAAAAAUUGCUCAGCCAUCCGGCCCUGGAGUCACGCAGGGAUUUUGAUGUUAGCAAAGUAAAUCCCAAAUCACUUCCAUUGCAUUGUGUGGUGGAAUCUGUGCAUUCCCUGCACGCCUCCCUGACCAUUGACAGUCGCCAGCCCUGGAAGAGGCGACCCAAUAUUGAAACAGACAGUUAUGUGAUUAUAGCCGCUGCCACGCCCUGGAGUGAAAUAGUUCAGACAGCCCUACAACGUUUGGGUUACUCCCAAGAGGUGGCCAAUACGGCAAGAGGCUCUCUUAUUAUCAAACAUUGGAAACCCAUACCAUUGGAACAGAUCUCCGAUAAUCCGGCUAUACCAGUUAAUGAUAUACUGGGUGAGCUUACCUCGGUGAUCACUUUGCGUAUUGUCAUCCUUAGAGCCAAGACCUCGCCACUGGGUGAGAUCAAGGAUAAAUUGCUUAAAUUGCUUGUACUGCAAUCACAUGCUGUACUCCGCUCUACAGGAUGUCCCCUGGAUGAGGUAACGCUCUCGCAGAUUUGUCGCAGUUCGCAUCAGAAUACAUAUGCCAUGCCCGGUGGGGAUAUAUCGGAUGAUUUGCGUCGCAAAUUCGAUCAAUGGUGGUCGAAUCAACUCUCUCCCCAGGCCACAGCCAUGACCCCCAAAAUGUUGCCCUUCAUGACAGCGCCGUCUGCUGUGCCGGUGGGUGCAGGACCCAAUGAAUUGGUCGAUUUUCCUGUGGGAGUGGGCACUGCAGCAAUGGCUGCGGCUGCCGCGGCAGCAGCUCAUGCCGGUUCCAUGGGCAGUCGAGAGAGUUUGUUGCUGGCCAAUGAGGCAGUUGCUGCUGCCCAUCAUCCCAGUGCUGGACAGGGUGGGGCAGGGGGUGUGGCUGCUGGUCCCGGUCAUCAUUCUGGCAUGCUUGUACAUCCAUCUAUGCAUCCGGCCAUGCAUCCUUCGAUGCAUCAUCAUCAUCAUCAUGGAGGGUCACAUGCUCCGCCUCAGUAUGCCAAUCAGAAGACUCGCAUGCGAACCAGUUUCGAUCCGGAAAUGGAGUUGCCCAAAUUGCAGAAAUGGUUCCAAGAGAAUCCCCAUCCUUCACGCCAGCAGAUUCAGAAUUAUGUGGUGCAAUUGAAUGCCCUGGAGUCGCGUCGAGGUCGCAAGCUUUUGGAUGUCAAUAAUGUGGUCUACUGGUUUAAGAAUGCUCGCGCAGCCCAGAAACGGGCAGAGAUGAGGGGCAAUGUGACCACGACCAUGAGUGCCCUGGGACACGCGGCCAUGAAUGGUUAUCUGAGUCAGCAUCAUGGAGCCCAAUUGGGGCAGAAUUCCAGCUCGAGUGCUGGUAGCCAGCCCAGCAUGAGCAUGGGCAAUCUGUCGGGCAUGUCGCAUGAUUAUCUCAAGAGUCCCAUGAGCUUGAAAUCAGAAGAUAUUGAUACCAUGUCCCAGCAUUCCGAUGAUAUGGAUGAGGAGGCGCCUGUGAGUCGGUCAAAUACUCCACAAUUGCCGCUCUCCCUGACCACCCACGAGAGGAAUCGGAAUUCCCCGCUCAUGGAUGGCGAUGAGGAGCACGAUGACGAUGAGGCCACAGCACCCACAAGAGCUAAGAGUGAAAUUAGCGAUGUGAUCAAUGGCAAUGUGCAUGAGGACGAACGCCAACAGCAGCAACAGCAGCAGGAGAAAUCCAAUGAUGAGCACAAGGAUGACAUUUCCAAGGAGCAUACGGAAGGUGGACAUAACGAGCAGGAUCAUGAGCAAUUACCCGAUGAUUCGGCUCUCAAUCACAACAAUAAUGAGAAUGAGUUGACCACCCCGAAAUGCCGCAGCACACCCAAAGAGGAGGAAGAUGAUCUAGAUAUGGAUGACGAUGACUUGGAGGACAAUGACAAUGAGAACGAUGCCAGUCAUUUGGAUGAAUUUCGUUCCCCCUCGCCGGCCAUGGAUGGCAAUUUGGUGGCCGCCUCGCACAAGGAUCAACAAUUGCCCUUUCCCAUGGUACCCAAUUCGAUGUUCUCGCAAUCCUUCAUGUACAUGAGCCAUUACAUGCCAGCAUUUGGCCAGGCGGCAGCAGCAGCAGGACAUACGGCAGCCCAUCAUCAUGCCGCUGCGGCGGCGGCAGCUGCAGCAGCUGCGGCUGGUAUGCAACCGAAUGCUCUUACCGGGGCCGGGCUCAAUCUCUCGAGCAUCUCGAAUGAGGAGCGACGGAAAAGGAAUCGCACCUUCAUCGAUCCGGUCACCGAAGUGCCCAAAUUGGAGCAAUGGUUUGCCAUGAACACGCAUCCGUCGCACAAUUUGAUACUCAAAUACACCGAGGACUUGAACACCAUGCCCUACAGGCAAAAAUUCCCCCGCCUGGAGAGCAAGAAUGUGCAGUUCUGGUUCAAGAAUCGUCGUGCUAAAUGCAAACGUCUCAAGAUGUCACUCUAUGACAGCAGUCAGUGUGCCCAAAUGGGCGGCUUGGGUUCCUUUGUGCCCAAAUACGAGGAGAGGGACUAAAAACUGAGAUUCCAUCAGUUCUUUCCCCGGUUCUCCCAAUACUAAUCAAAACUAGAAGCAUUUCUUAUGUACAUAGAAAGAUACAAAAUGAAGAAAAAAAACAACUCCUUUUUAUUAAAACUUUAAGUAUUAUUAGCAACCACAAAUACAACCACAAAUACACACACACAUAGUCCCAGUAAGUGGAAUAAUUAGCAAAAAAAAACUAAUAAAAGAAGGAAUAAUUAGAGAAAACUAGAUAAACUACUUAUACUUCUAGCCACAUACUAAUUUAGUAUGUGUUAGAUUUAGCAUAUAUAUAUAUGUACAUAUAUAUAUAGAUACGAUAUGAUUCAAAUAUAAUUUAUAAUCGCAAUGAAAAUCAACUACAACUUUAAUUCUUAUCAAAUAUUUCUUAAUUCUCUCUCUGCAAAAUCAACCCUGCUCUAUCUCUUUCUCUGUUCCCCACUAUAUCUCCCUCUCUCUCUCUCUCUCUUUCCACUUGAGCGUUAAAGUUAUUAACGAACCAAAGAAAAGCCAGUUUAUGUUUUUUUUGUGUAAAAUCUGUAAAUAAAUUUAAUAAAUGUUAUAUACUAAGGAUCCGCCUAACUAACUUUUAAGUUCUUAUUCGUUGCACACACACACAUACAUACAAACAACGAAAAACACACACAGAGAUACACAUAUCCACCCAAUCGAAACGGUAUUUAAUACCGAAAUAAAAAUAUUUUCUGUUUCAUUUAUGUUUCUU